AUGGAGAACCCACUGGUGCCGGCGGUGCUCGACAACCCGCCCCUCCUCCUCGACAACCCCGACCUGGCCGACACCCUCCUCCACCGCGCCUUUGCAGACCUCCGGCGGAACAACGUCCUCGCCUUGCAGGCAGCCGUCUGUCUCUUGCAAGGCUUGCGCUUGGAGGCCGAGCUCCGGACCCUCCCCGCGCCCACGGAAGACCAGAGGCUCGAGCGCGCCGCUGUCGACGCGGUGCUUGAUGCGCUCGUGGCCAGCAUCGACUCCCUCACGGACCAGCAGUGGGCGCUCAUCCGGCUCGUCGGGUUGCUCUUCGUGGUCCGGGCGGCCGCCUCCGCCAGGAGCCGCGCGCGCCUCCUCCCCGGCCUGCUCCUCGCGGCCGUCUCGGUGUCUGUGGUCAUGUACGUCUCGACGGGAGGCGCCGUGGUGCCGGGGUUCAGGAGCUUCGUCGGGUUCUCGCUGUCCGUCGACUUGCCUUCGGAUUCUUCUCCAGUCUCAUCGUCUGCGUCGCUAUCGUUGUGA